UUCCAAUUAGUUUAUUAUAAUGAGUGGAUGUAAAUUAUUUCGAAGAAUACUAUAUCUUAGUCAAAGAACAAUUUCAAACACCAGUUUUGCCUUAGCACCCUCGGAGUAUGUUCCCAAACAUUCUCCUGUUAUGCAAGCUGAUGUGCUAAAACUAGAAGAUUUUCUAUUUAAACACAAGAAAAUCUUAGUCCUCACUGGUGCAGGAAUUUCUACAGAAUCAGGUAUUCCAGAUUACAGAUCUGAAGGAGUUGGAUUGUAUGCAAGAUCCGAUAAGCGACCUAUUGUAAUACAAGAUUUUUUGAACUCAGAAGAUGUGAGGAGGAGAUAUUGGGCAAGAAAUUAUAUUGGCUGGCCAAGGUUUUCUUCUGUUGUGCCAAAUGCUACACAUUAUAUUCUAAAGGAAUUAGAAGAGACAAAUAAAAUAUCUCACAUUGUAACACAAAAUGUAGACAGAUUACAUACAAAAGCUGGUUCAAAACGAGUAAUUGAAUUGCAUGGCUCUGCAUUCACUGUCGAAUGCUUGGGAUGUGGAUCCACAGUUCCAAGACACGAUAUUCAAAAAGUGUUAAUGUUACUAAAUCCAACAAUGAGAAACUCUUCCAACAUGAUCAGACCAGAUGGUGAUGUGGAAUUAACAGACGAUGAAGUGAAUAAUUUCAAGCUUCCUUGUUGUGUGGAAUGUGGUGGCAUUCUAAAACCAGAAAUAGUAUUCUUUGGAGGAAAUGUUCCUAUGUCAAAAAUUGAACACGUAAACCAGCUUGUUGAAGAAUGUGAUGCCCUCUUAGUUCUUGGAUCUAGUCUUACAGUCUUCUCAGGUUAUAGGUUAGUUCUUGUCGCACAGGAGUUGAGGAAGUCUAUAGGUAUCAUUAAUAUAGGUCCUACUCGUGGUGAUUCUAAAGCCACUUUAAAGAUUGACGCAAAUUGUGGAGAUAUUUUAACAAAAAUUUAUAUACCCAAAUAACCACAUUGAAUAGUAUAGGUAAUUGAUUGUUCUGAUUAUAAAUUAAUAUUAAUCUUCACAUUUUGCAUAGUAUAACAUUUAAAUAUCAUAGAAUUCCAAUUUUAAUGUGAUAUAGUUGCGUUCAUA